AAUGUCCUCGAACAAGAUCUGCUACAGGUGGGGGAGGAUAUCGACAAGAAACAGGAUCAUUUACGGACACUAUGCAAACAAUAUCAAGAGUUGGCAAUCUCGACAUCACUCGUCAUGGCCCCCGAGUCUCCAAAAUACCCGGUUAUGAUUCUAUGGAUAGUCGUAUUCAUGCGGGGUAUUAAAUCGACCGUGGCCGAAGGGACCCUGUGUGAGGAGCGUGGCAUCUGUCCUGCGAUAGAACUAUUCCGUCAUCAAUAUGCUACACCGGAGAUGUCUACUACACCAUCUGAUCUCCUUUCAAAAUUACAGGGGAUCAUUGAGGGAAUGGGAGAUUCCUAG